GUUCAUGUUAUCACUAAUGUCAAAUCAACAUAAAAGUAACCUAUUUUUAAGUUAGGAAAUCAGAAAAGAAAUCGUUAAAUUGUUUAAAGAUGUUUGAAUUUGUCUGAUAUAUUUAAGAAAUCAAUCACUGCAACUUUUACUUGUUAUCUACAAUGGAUGUUAGCUCGAGAUUUUCGUCAGCCCUAACAGGGUUGACGUCUAUCGACCCCGACUCUAUACAGUUCCUUAUGUUUAGUGAUCAGGACAUGAGAAAACUUAGUGUGGCAAAAAUUACAAACACCGUUUCUUUCGAUUCCAUGGGCAACCCUACAAAGGGAGGCCUCUACGAUCCUGCAUUAGGACCCAUAAGAGAUCGUAACGACUUCUGUACCACCUGCUCUAACGCACUUUUACACUGCCCUGGACAUUUCGGUCAUAUCGAACUUCCAGUUGUUGUUGUGAAUCCCUUAUUCAUCAAGAAUAUUUACACUCUAUUCAGAAUAACAUGCUUGAAAUGCUUCAAAAUACAAAUGGAUGAUAGAAUGAAGUUCAUAUUAAAACUGCAACUUGAACUACUUGAUGCUGGUCAUAUAACAGCAGCAUUAGACUUGGGAAGCUUUAUAGGUGAUAUUAAAGACUACAAAAGUCAAACAUCACCAGAAAAACCUAAUAAAGUGAUCAGGAAAUGUCAAAAGCUUUUAAAUAAAAGUGAUAGCAUCAAUGAGAAGUUUCAGAAUAAAAAUACAGAUAAGUUGAGGACCAAAAUCAUCAAUAAUUUUUUUAAAGCAAUUAAUGUAUCUAAAUCUUGUCUCUAUUGUAAAAGCAAGCUUAUUAAAGUUACAACAUCUGAUAACAAGAUUAUGUAUAACAUCAGUGCAGACAGUGGAGGUGAAAAAGGAAAAGGCAUUAAAAUCUUAAUGCCCGAUGAUCUCAAACGUUUCUGCAACGCAAUAGAAGAAAAUGAUAAAGAUAUUCUAACCCACUGCCUCCCAGUGCUAAAAUAUGCAAAAAUAAAGCCAGUUACCGAUUUAUUUUUCAUGCAGAUUGUUCCAGUGCUACCACCUUGUGUAAGACCUUGUAAUAUUUUACAAGGAGAAUUAGUUGAACAUCCACAAACUCAUGUUUAUAAAAAUAUAAUGAAUGCUGCCUAUAGUGCAAGAGCUGUACUACAAGUUUUAAUGUCACCUGACCAACAAAAGGCUAUUGACAGUCUUGAUCAACACCCUAGACAAGCAUAUGAGAGUGUUAUGGGUAAAUCUCCUCCAGAAAAGUUGCAUUCGGUAUGGCAAGAUUUACAGAAACAAAUAAAUCAAAUACUGAGCAGUGAUGGCCAAACUCAAGAUAGUCAGGGAUUAAAACAGAUUCUUGAAAAGAAAACUGGUGUUAUAAGAAUGAAUAUGAUGGGCAAAAGAGUAAAUUUUGCUGCCAGAUCAGUUAUAACACCAGAUCCCAAUGUAGACAUUGAUGAAAUAGGCAUCCCUGAUGCAUUUGCUACCAAACUAACCUACCCAAUUCCUGUUACAGAAUGGAAUGUAGAUGAAUUGAGGAAAAUGGUAAUAAAUGGACCUAACAAGCAUCCAGGUGCUGAAAAAUUAGAAGUCAGGAAUGGAAGAAUAAUCAGAAUUCCUCCAGAUUCACUUCAAAAAAGGAAGUCAUUAGCAAAGAAACUGCUCACACCUGAUGAAUUUAAAAAUUCAGGCCUAAAAAUUGUACACCGCCACCUGAUUAAUGGUGACGUACUGAUAUUGAACCGUCAGCCUUCACUGCACAAACCUAGUAUGAUGGCCCACAGAGCAAGAAUACUUAAAGGGGAAAAAACUCUUCGGUUACAUUAUGCCAACUGUAAAUCUUAUAAUGCAGAUUUUGAUGGCGAUGAAAUGAAUGCUCAUUUUCCCCAAAAUGAAAUUGCGAGAAGUGAAGCAUAUAAUAUCAUGUCUGUAACAAAACAAUAUCUAGUGCCUAAAGACGGCACUCCACUUAGUGGUUUAAUUCAAGAUCAUGUUAUUUCUGGUGUGAGAAUGUCACUAAGAGGCACCUUUUUUUCGAAAUCUGACUACCAACAGUUAGUUUUCCAAGCAUUGUCAAAUCAUAGAGGUGAAAUUAAAUUACUUCCCCCAACAAUAUUAAAACCAUACACACUUUGGUCUGGCAAGCAAGUGCUGUCUACUAUAAUAAUCAAUACCAUACCCAAAGGUAAGACAUAUCUUUCAUUGGAAGGCAAGGCAAAGAUUAGUGCAAAGGCAUGGCAAAAAGACCCACCAAGAUCAUGGGAAGGUGGAGGCACAGAAUUUACAAAUCCAAAUUCAAUGACAGAGGCAGAAGUUAUUAUAAGGAAAGGAGAACUUUUGUGUGGAGUGCUAGAUAAAACUCAUUAUGGAGCAACACCAUAUGGUUUGGUUCACUGCAUGUAUGAGUUAUAUGGUGGAGACAGCUCAGCUGCACUUUUGAGUUCAUUUUCAAAGGUCUUUACCUUCUACUUACAAUGGUUUGGAUUCACUCUUGGCGUCAAGGAUAUUUUGGUUGUUGAAGAGGCUAAUAAAAAACGUGAUGAGGUUAUUUAUUUAGUUCGACAAGCCGGGAGAGUUGCUGCAGUCAAAGCUACUGAAGUGCCAGCAGACAUCGAUGACAAUAAACUUAAAGACACUAUAGGAGAAAUGUUAAUUAAAGAUCAGAAAUUCAGAGCAAACUUAGACAGACAAUAUAAAAAUAUGCUAGAUUCCUACACUAACGAUAUUAACACAGUUUGUCUUUCCAAAGGUUUAUUAGAAAAGUUUCCUUCAAACAAUUUACAACUCAUGGUACAAUCUGGAGCUAAGGGUUCUACUGUCAAUACUAUGCAGAUCUCAUGUUUAUUAGGCCAAAUCGAACUGGAAGGCAAAAGACCGCCAUUAAUGAUAUCCGGUCGGUCUCUGCCUAGUUUUCCUCCAUAUGACGUUUCUCCAAGAGCAGGUGGUUUUAUAGACGGCCGCUUCAUGACGGGAAUACAACCUCAAGAAUUUUUCUUUCAUUGUAUGGCUGGAAGAGAAGGUCUUAUCGAUACUGCGGUAAAAACCAGUCGUUCCGGUUAUUUACAAAGAUGCUUGAUCAAACACUUGGAAGGGUUGAGUGUAGCUUACGAUCACACAGUUCGAGACGCUGAUAGUAGUGUUAUUCAAUUCGCUUAUGGAGAGGACGGGUUAGAUGUAUUGAAGUGUCAGUUUCUUAGGCAAGACCAGUUUCGGUUUCUAGACGUGAAUUCAAAUGCUGUGAUUCCAAAAUCGGUUAUAAAGAAACUUAAAGAAGAUGCUGACUCAAGAGCGAUAAUGAAAGCUCAAAAAUCAUUAAAGAAAUGGAAGAAAAAGAAUGGAAGCCCAUUUGCAAAAGUCAGAACCAGUGGGUUUUCUCAGUUCUCUACCAUAGCUAAAAGAGAUAUUGUUCUUGAUGAUAUGCCUACUGAUCAAACUCGUGAUCCAUUUUACUGGGAGUUAGAAAAUUUGUGGCGCUCUUUAGGCGAAGAGGAAAAGCAGCAGUACGUUAGGAAGCAAUGUCCUGAUCCGAUUCCUUGCAAAAACUCGCCCGAAUACAAGUUUGGGACAAUCAAUGAGCAACUAGAUGGCUUUGUUCAAGAUUACUUAAAAAAUCGUCAACAAACCACACACAGUGAAUGUACUGAUAAGGAUAAGUUUGUUGAAGUAAUGAAUGCGAAGUAUUUAGCUUCCUUAGCAGCACCAGGUGAACCCGUUGGACUGUUAGCUGCUCAGUCAAUAGGCGAGCCUUCUACUCAGAUGACACUGAACACAUUCCAUUUCGCUGGUAGAGGUGACAUGAACGUCACUUUGGGUAUACCUCGUUUAAGAGAAAUCCUAAUGACGGCAUCAGCAAAAUUAAAGACACCAAACAUGGAUAUACCGUUUCUUCCGAAUUUACCAGAUUUAAAUAAAAAAGCAGAAAAAUUGAGACAGAAAAUGAACAGAGUUACAGUAGCUGAUGUAUUAGAAAAGAUUGAUGUGCAAUGCGAAAUUGUGACUAAUCCAGAGAGACAGUUGAAGGCUACUAUGCGUUUCUCGUUUUUGCCUUACUCGCAGUAUAAAACUCAGUAUGCAGUAAAGGCUCCACAAAUAAUCAAGCACAUGCAAAAAAAAUUCUUCCCUGAAAUGUUUGCCGUUAUCCGAAGACAGGCUAAAGCUACUUGUGGUGUUUUAUGGGCGGCGGAAAAGGAGAAGAAACGUCGUGCAGCUUCUGACGAUGAAGGGGAUGAGGACAUCGCUCCUGAAGCGCAAACCCGUGCUACAGCUGAUCCUGAUGUCGACAGUUCAGAUGACGAAGGCUCCAAUGACGACGAUGAUAAUACCGAUUUGAAAACGCGUAAAAAACAUUCCGAGGAACAAGAGUAUGAAGAUCCGGAAUCCGAUGAAGAGGAAAAAUCAGACGACGAAGCGGAACCAGACGAACAAAUGGCGAAAGAAAACGACGAUGUUGUCGAAAUAACAGAAGAUGAAAUCAGUGACAAAGCAAACAAAACCAUGACCGAAGUCAUCGAAAACCUAAGCAGUGCCACAAAUUAUACAUUUGACACGAAACUCCAUAGAUGGUGUGAAUUAACUGUACUGUUUCCUGUCUCAUUUCUGAGGGUAGAUCUCACGCAAGCUCUACGCGACGCUGCGAUUAGAUCAAUCAUUUAUGAGAUCAAAAAUAUAAAGCGAGCUAUCACAAAUAAGGAGAAAGAUGUGCUUUAUCUUAAGACAGAGGGGAUUAAUAUAGUGCAGAUGUCAAAAUACAGUAAUUUACUAGAUUUGAAUAAACUCUACAGUAACGACAUACACGCAAUCGCAAAUACUUAUGGAAUAGAAGCAGCAAAUAAAGUUAUUAUAAAGGAAAUACAGAAUGUAUUUAAUGUGUAUGGUAUUACCGUGGACCCGAGACAUUUGACAUUGGUAGCAGAUUAUAUGACAUAUAAUGGAAUUUUUGAGCCUAUGAGCAGAAAAGGUAUGGAGGCAUCAACGUCUCCGUUACAGCAAAUGUCUUUUGAAUCUUCGCUUAUAUUCUUGAAGGAAGCGGUACUAAACUCGAAGAAGGACUAUAUAAGAUCGGCGUCAAGUUGUUUGAUGUUAGGACAGCCUUGUAGGAGUGGCACCGGAGCAUUUAGCUUGCAACAUUAUAGCAAAGAAAUUAAUUAAAUAAAGCAUUGUUUUAUCAUGUAAGUACAAACAAUUUGAAUACAUUUUUUAUGUUA